AUGUUUAUUCGACUCCUAUUGCUGUCGCCAGCCAUGGCAGCUGCAGCUAUUGACAGAAAAGCUAUCGUAGAGUCUUUCAAUGUGGUGCGAACAGAGGUGCCUAAGGUCAUUGACAACACCACGACACCUCUACAAGUUGGAAAUGGGGACUUUGCCUUCAAUUUUGACAUCACAGGUACGCAAUCGUUGAUACCUUUCAACACACUUUCCAGCUGGGGAUGGCAUAAGGACGCUUUGCCACAAAACGGGGAGAAGCUGGACGACUACGCUGGCGUCGCUGUAACUACGCAUGGGAGAGAAGUGAUCUACGACCUCGAGGAUCCGAAGCUGCCGGAGAUUUCCGAAUGGCUGAGUGCCAAUCCUAACCGAAUCAAUCUUGGCCGCAUCAGCUUGAGUUACAAGAAUGAGACGCUGUCAUUGAUCACGGAUCCCCACCAAGUCCUCGACCUAUGGAACGGUGUUACUACUUCGAUGUUCAAGGUUGAUGGUAAGGAUGUGAAAGUCAUUACUCAGGGAGAUUUCGACACCGACUCUGUGACUUUCGACAUAGAGUCAAUGUUGAUCUCUGAAGGAACCCUUCGAGUUGAAUUUGACUUUCCAUUUCCUCCAAUCCACAAGGUUGAGAAGACAUCAGACUUCGAGGUUUUCAUGGGAAGCUACCUAUUUCCCGACAAUCACACUACCUCCACCGUUGAGCCUGACAAGAGCUCGGAUAGCACAGCUCAUAUCCAUCACAUGAUGCAAGAAACGUCAUACUAUCAGAACUUGCGCUGGCCCAAGGAAGGACCGUUGACUUUGACAAGAAUUGGGAAACAGAAUUCCAACACGACCACUGCACAUCGCUAUAAGUUGUAUCCAACUACGUCCAGAACAAACCUCACCAGAGCAAAUAGAUUAUCAUUCACUGCCCAGUAUAGCCUCCAACUUCAAAAGCCACCACUGCCCUCGGUCAUUCGCAGACGAAACAGUCUCGAUUGGCAGAAGUACUGGGAAGAAGGGGGGUUUGUAGAUCUCACCCAGUCGUCGAAUCCAAAUGCGACGGAGCUCCAGCGGCGCAUCAUACUCUCACAAUACGCAAUGAGAGUCAAUAGCGCAGCAACUGGCCAGCCACCACAGGAGAGUGGUCUGGUAUAUAACGGUUGGUGGGGCAGGUUUCACAUGGAGAUGGUGGUUUGGCAUUGUGCUCAUUGGGCGACUUGGGGAAGACAGAAGUACUUUGAUCGGGUAUUCCCUGCUGUCUAUGAGACUCUGCUACCUAGCGCUGAGGCAAGAGCCCGCCGCAUGGGAUGGGAGGGCGCCAGAUGGCCUAAGAUGACGGAGCUUGUAACCAAGGGCAUCGCGCCUGGAGAGACACGAGCCUACCUUCAAUGGCAGCAACCACAUCCCAUCUAUCUCGCUCAACUAGCCUAUAAGGCCAACCAAAGCCAAGAGACUCUUCAACGAUGGGACAGUAUCAUCACGUCAACUGCCAAGUACAUGGCAUCGUUUGCUUGGUUCAACAAUUCAAGCGGCAAGUAUGAUUUAGGACCACCUAUUCAGGGUGUCACGGAGAACUCAUCCCCUACGGAGAUUUCCAACUUGUCAUAUGAGCUUGCUUACUGGCAAUGGGCUCUCAAUGCGGCUUGCGACUGGAAGAAAAGACUUGGACAAGAUUGUCCCGAAAAUUGGUCUAGGGUAGCAGAGAACAUGGCAUCUCCUCCUCAGUAUGAUGGCCUAUACGCUCCUUGGGUCGGGGGCGGGGUUAAUGCCUCUUGGUGGGAUAACCCUCAGCUCAACAAAGAUCCUAGAAGCGUCAUCAUGUUACAAGGCAUGGUACCCGAUACCCCACUGGUGACUCCAGAAGUCGGCGUGAGAACUGCAGACAAGGUAUGGGAUGUGUGGGGUGACGCCCAAAUUCGAGGCUGGGGGCGAAACGUCCUAGCCAUCAACUCGGCCCGUAUCGGAAAUCCAGAACGAGCUAUCUAUCACCUAACCAACUUCGACUACUGGAUGUUUGGUGAUCAAGGCUUUGCUCACAGAUCUGGUCCAAGUCCAUCUCCGCCGCCUUAUUUCCCUGGAAAUGGGGGUUUUCUCUUGGCGAUCGGGUAUAUGGCAGCUGGUUGGGCAGGCUCCGAAGGGGACGCACCUGGAUUCCCUAAAGACGGAACAUGGGUUGUCAAGCAUGAGGGAAUGAUCCAGGCUCUAUGA